AUGUUCAGUGGCUCCUCGAGCCCACCCAAAGACAGAAUCGACUCUACACCCCCCGUUGCCGGAAUCGACUCGAGUUCCUUGAGCCUUCAACCCGAGAACGCCAGUCCUCGCGACAAGAGAUUUUCCCCGCCCGAAACGCAGGAGAGUAGCACCGUCACCAAAGCCGCGAGCUUCUUUAGUAACGCCAAGAACUCUCUCAUUUCGAACGGUGGUCGCGAAUCUUCUUCGUUCAGCACCAGUCCCUCGAUCUUGGAGAGCCCGCUGGAGAAGCUAGGAAGGAUGGAUCCUGCUCUGAGCGUCCCGCAAGGGUCGUUUAACAACUCGGCCGGAGAAUCCGCGCCUACUGCGCGCUCAUCUUUCCGCGUCGGCGUCACAGAAGACAAGAACCGAAAAUGCCGCCGCACCAUGGAAGACACACAUGCCUACUUGUACAACUUUUUAGGUACUCCGGCCCCGAACGCGGCCCCCAACACAUCCAGCAACGAGACUACCCCCGGUGCUGCGAGUGCGUCACAGACCUCCGAUGAUUCGUCAAACGUGGUAGAAACAGACAACGGAUACUUUGCCAUCUUCGAUGGACAUGCCGGCACGUUCGCCGCCGAAUGGUGCGGGAAGAAAUUGCAUUUGAUUCUGGAAGAGAUCAUGCGGAGAAGUCCGAACACGCCCGUGCCCGAGCUUCUCGAUCAGACAUUUACCAGUGUCGACCAGCAGCUGGAGAAGUUGCCCCUCAAGAACAGCGGGUGUACGGCUGUGACUGCGGUGCUCCGUUGGGAAGACCGCAUUCCCUGUUCAAGUUCAGCCACUGGAUCCGCUGCUUUGGCCCCUGCAGCUGCCGCUGCGAACAAGGGAGACUCUAAUUCCGAGGCCAAUGAGACCCCAACUCAGGAAUCUCAGUCCAGCGGAUCUCUCCCCAAAUUGCAGGAAAAGGCUGCCCGCCAACGCGUCCUUUACACUGCUAAUGUGGGUGAUGCUCGCAUCGUCCUGUGCCGUAAUGGGAAAGCCCUGCGUCUAUCGUAUGACCACAAGGGCAGUGACGAAAAUGAGGGAAAGAGGAUAUCCAAUGCUGGUGGUUUGAUUCUCAACAACCGUGUGAACGGAGUGCUUGCUGUUACCCGGGCUCUCGGUGAUGCCUAUCUCAAGGACCUGGUGACCGGGCAUCCUUAUACCACAGAGACGGUCAUCCAGCCUGAUGCCGAUGAGUUUAUCAUUUUGGCUUGCGACGGGUUAUGGGAUGUCUGCAGUGACCAAGAAGCCGUUGAUCUUAUACGCAAUGUGCAAGACGCUCAGCAGGCAUCCAAGAUCCUUGUUGACCAUGCUCUUGCCCGCUUUAGUACUGAUAAUCUGUCCUGUAUGGUCAUCCGUCUGGACACAAAUCGGGUCAGGGAUGUUGUCAACAAUAAGGCUGAGCCGAUUGGUGUGGACGGUGAUGUGACUGGCGUCUCCCACGGCGUCAGUGAAGCCGACAAGAUUCUUGAGGGCGCCAGGAAAACCAUGGCCAACGCUGGGAUAGCAGACGACCCUGAAGCAGCCGAGCAAGCCAACGAAGCAAUCCUUCAGAAGAUGGCGGACGGUGAAGAAUCGGGCCCGGAGAUGAAUGUCGACGACCAGAGUCAUUUGCCUUCAGUCGAUAUCCUCGGCCCUUCAGAAACUCGGACGACUCCCCAAUCUUCCUAA